CGCUCACACUCCACUCCACUCGCACACUCUCUCACUCUCACCCCUCUGCUCUGUCCCCUGUUGCCGCCGCCGGAGGCACGGUUCCCUCCCCGCCGUAGAAGAUGUCGUCGUGGAAGGAUGGAGAGGAGAGCAGCGAUGAGGAGGAGCUGCUCGGCAUGGAUCUGGAGCAGCACUGGGCGAACCCUGGCACCACUAUAGAUGCAUCCUUCUGUGGUAGAGUUGCAGAUGCAAGCAUCACAUGUAGACUGCACUUGGCCCCAUGCAUGAAAUAUGUUGCAUUUGAAGGAAGGGACACUGGGAGGAGGUUCUAUGGAUGUGUUGUUCCUCAGGAUGGUAUUGACUGUGGAGUUGCUCAGUGGGUUGAUGCCCCAUGGCCUUCUAUUCUGCAAAGAUGUUUGGAGAAGAUAUGGGAGAUGUUUCAUGAGGAGAAUUAUGGCAGAGUGAUUGACCAUGCUAAGUAUAAGAAAGAGUUGGACAAGGUGAACAAGCAGUUGGAUACACUUGGGGAUCAGUACAGUCAGCUGGUUGAGGAAGUCACCAAGAUGUUUGAUUGGGCAGAUCAGAACAACAGGGUCAUGAGUGAUGAAGAGUUCAAGCAGAAGCAGAUGGAUGUGGACAAGGACAUGGAGAAGCUAGCUAUCAGCAAGGAGAAGUAUAGUGCUGACUUUGGCAAGAUGAAGCAGAUGGAGAAGCUGGCUCAGGAGCUGAAGGAGAUGAAGUGCAUUCUUAGGUCUCAGGGGAAGAUCAUUAGGAACACAAGGAAGGAGAGGGAUGAGAUGAAGAAAGAGAGGGACUGGCUGAUAGAGGAGAAGAAGAAGCUGGAGUUUCUGGUGGGUGAUCUUAUGAAAGCUGGUCAUGGCAACAAGGACAAGCUUGCCAAGAUCAAGUCAAUCCUUGAUGAGUGAACAAUGUUGUUCAUCACCUCAGUUAUGUUAAGCUAAUAUGUGGCCUUGGAACAAUAUAGCUGGCCUUGAGGUUGUAUAUUUUGGGAAUCCCCUAGUUAUGUAAUGACUGUGAUGUUUAUCUGCAAAACUACCUCCAGUUAAUUUAUGUAAUGUAUGUAAUGACUAGCUGCAAAAC